AUGAUGUUUGGCUCAAUUAAAAAUUUAAUUAUCGUAGCAGUCGGUGCGACAAUGUUGACAAAGAUUGUUGCUGAUGAUCUCCAAAUAGACGUUCUUGUUGCAGUUCCUGAAAGUGAAUGCAUUGCUGCAACAGCUGGUGACAAAAUCAAAGUACAUUACGCAGGUUCUCUUGAGGAUGGCACAGAAUUUGAUUCUUCCUACAACAGAGGUACACCAAUAUCUUUCCAAUUAGGUGCAGGCCAAGUGAUCGCAGGAUGGGACCAAGGAUUAGAGGGCUGUUGCAUUGGAGAAAAAAGAAAAUUGACCAUCCCACCUAACUUAGCAUACGGGGACAGAGGAAUUGGUCCAAUUCCUGGGGGAGCAACUCUUACUUUUAUUGCUGAAUUGGUUGAUAUCGAAGGCUCUAAAUCCCCUAGGGAUGAACUCUAG